UUUCAAGUGGUUGUCGUGCAUGAUUGCAUCAACAAAUAUGGAUUUUCGAAAAGCGCUCACAUUUGCUCUUGUUUUAGGAAUAUUUACUUUGUCAAUAACUUUGUUAACUGACUGGUUCCUCUUGGAUAGAAUUGUGAAUUCGAGAAUUGGUCAAGAGCUGGCUCUCAGGAACGGAACUGAUUCGUGGAACAGAUGGAUUGAAUCGCCAAUACCAAUCUAUUUGAAAAUCUAUAUAUUUAAAGUCACUAAUCCAGAUGAGGUCAAUUUAGGAGUAAAGCCAAAGUUGAUCGAGAAAGGACCUUAUGUGUACAAGGUGUGACAAAUAUUCUGAAUGAUAUCAAAGGAUUACAGUCAAUGAUGAGAAUAUUCAUGGAGCUGGCCGUUCCUCCCAUAUUCAACUCACCAAAUUUGAUAUUCAUCAACGCUACAGUCAGAGAUCUACUGUUCUCAGGCAUCAAAAUCGAUUGUCAAAGAUCUGACAAGAAUAUAGCAGUAUUCUCCAUGUGCUCGGCUCUUCGUCAUAUGAUGCCAAUAAAGGUUUUGCAAAUGGGCAGCAAUGGUGACUUCUCUAUGGCAAUUCUAAGGCAUCGACAAAGUCUCGGCACAUUUAGUAUCAACGCUGGAAAUAAGGAUCCAUCAGCUCUGGGUGAAAUUCUUCGGUGGAACAAGAAGACAGACAUGUCGCUCUGGUCCGGAAAACGCUGCAAUUAAAUAGGUGGAAGUGACGUCUCACUACUCCCCCCAUUCAUCCACAAACAGUCUCAAUUGAGCGUCUUCUCUACAGAUAUAUGCAGUGUAGUUCAUUUGGUAUACAAGGAAGACAUUUAUUACGAAGGUGUAAAAGGACUGAGAUUCACACCAAGUUGGUUAUUCUUGGCAGACGAUGUUCUCGUCAAUGAAGAUGCGUCCUGCUAUUGUAACGGUACAAUAAACGGCCUUACACAGCCAACUACAUGUGCUCCAAAAGGCGCUGUUGACAUUUCCAAUUGCAUGGAUGUGCCUGUAAUAAUGACCAAGCCUCAUUUCUUGGAUGCAGCUAAUGACUUGUUGGACGAUGUCGAUGGUUUGAAGCCGGAUCCAGAAUUGCAUAACUCAUACUUUGAUAUUGAACCAAAAACUGGAAUUCCCUUGGAAGGCUACCAUAGAAUCCAAGUGAAUUUAAAAUUGAAUCAAAUAACAACGAUGACACUCAUGAAAGAUUUGAGAAAUCUAACGUUUCCUCUACUGUGGGUGGAAGAGGGUAUACAACUUGGCCCUGAAGAAAUAGAUAAGCUGAACGAAUUAAUUAUCGAACAAUUGCUCAUCAUUAAUAUUGUAAAAUGGAGUAUUCUGACAACAAGCACUUCUAUUAUAAUAAUAACAAGCUUAUUCAUGUGUAAACUCAGCAAAUCCAAUAUGAAACAAAAAGUGUAAUAGAUCGAGCCAUCUCCAGUCUCCACCCCACAUUAAACACAUUAAAGUUGUAAUGGACAACCUCAACGCCAGAAUUGCCAACAAAACACAGAUUCCUCCAUGCACACGUAGACAUUUUCCUUGUGGCUUGCCUUCAAAUUUUCUGUUGCAUAUGUGUAGAAAUGGAUUAACAAUAGAAAUAACAAUAAAAUCUUAUUCAAGUUGAAUCAUUUUUGUAUAGCCUACAGAAAUUGUGAUUAAAAUUUGUUAAUAAAGAUUUUGACUUUA